GACAUGUCGCAAACGCAUGGUCGUAAACUAGCACGUGGAGGUGGCAUGGACCCCUCAUCUGUAGCUGGAGACGGUUUGUGUUGUAUUUUAGAAUAUUUUUGACCGACCCUUGGGGACCUUUAUCACAGUUGCGAUUUUUUUCAGAAAAAUAAGCGACACGAAAUGGUUUACGUGCGGUUAAUUUUGCGGCUAGUCGUGUUGUCAUAGGGACAGAUCCGUGCUUGCGUGCAUGAUGUUUUUGUGUUGUAUUUGAGAAUGAAUGGGUGAAUGACUGAAUGAGGAGUGUGCAUCAUGUUCGUGCUGGUGGAGAUGGUCGACACGGUCCGGAUCCCUCCGUGGAAUUUUCAGCGACAUCUCAACGAGGCUGUAGCCGAGGAACUCAACAAGAAGCUCGCCAACAAGGUUGUUUACAACGUGGGCCUCUGCAUUUGUUUGUAUGACAUCACUAAACUAGAAGACUCCUACAUAUUUCCAGGGGAUGGAGCCUCACACACCAAAGUUCAUUUCAGGUACGUCGUUUUUCACCCGUUCCUCGAUGAGAUCCUCGUCGGCAAGAUCAAGUACUGCAGUCAGGAGGGAGUCCACGUGACGAUGGGCUUUUUCGACGACAUCCUCAUUCCUCCAGAGUCUCUUCAACAGCCUGCAAAAUUUGACGAAGCAGAGCAAGUCUGGCUUUGGGAGUACGAGACGGACGAGGGCGCCCACGACCUCUACAUGGACCAAGGGGAGGAGAUACGUUUCCGGGUGACGGAUGAAGUCUUUGUGGAUACGUCGCCGACGGGGCCGGCCACCGCCACGUCCGAUACGCCGGCACCACCAGGACAGCCGACGGCGCCGCCAGCGGAGGAGAGCGUGGAGAAGAAAGAAGCUCCCUACACUCUUGUUGGUACAAUCUGUGAGCCAGGCCUGGGGCUGCUCUCAUGGUGGAACAACUAGCUCUGCAGAGGAGGAGGAAGAAAAUAUUUGAAAGGUGUGAUCGGAUCGACCACCGUUGCUGAUCUGGGACGUGAUUCAGCACUUAGUACCUGUAGGUUUGUUACAGAAGGCAACACACAAGAGUCGAGCUGAUGCUGUCGACCUAGAAAGUAUCUGAUAUAAAACCAGUCCCUUUGAGACUGGUUGUAUUCAAAGCACUGCCCUAAACAUGCCAGCUUCAUGUUUACAUGUACAAUUAACUAUUAAAUGUAUUUAAUUACAGACAUAUCCGUUCAUUCGAUUUAUUUUAAGAGAGGUUUUUGCCUUCAUUUCGGAGAUGUUAACAUCCAAUGUGCAGCUCAAAGUAGGAGCUGUUUAAGUUCAAGAAAAAAGACAAAAAUCUUGUGGAGGUUACACAGUGAUUUAAGAAAUAGAAAUAAAACCCAUAUACCUCUGUUUAA